AUGGAAGAUCAUGGCAGUAGAAAUAUUGAUGUUGAAGCAUUGGAAAAGAGCCUGAAAGCAAAACUUUGCAGCGAUUCACCCUUGUCUGCUAAGUGCUGCAUCUUCAGAGUUCCUGAGUUACUCCGGAGGCACAAACCAGAGGCAUAUCAACCUGAUAUCGUCUCUAUCGGACCCUUUCACGGAAGUGGUGAACUUUUUGAACCCAUGAAAAAAGUGAAACUGUGGUAUUUAGAUACUCUACUCUUACGAAAGUGUGUAUGUUUAAAAUCUUUGAUCCAAGGUAUUGAUAAAAUUACCGGGUUUGAGGAACGCGCCCGUGAUUAUUAUGCAGACUCAAUUGAUCAUCUUAACCAUAAAGAAUUUGUAGAAAUGAUGAUAAUUGAUGGCUGCUUCCUAUUAGCACUAUUUUGGAGAAGUUACUAUGUUUACCCAGAUUCAGAUACGGUUGAUGAUCCCCUAUUCCCAGAUUCAGAUACGGUUGAUGAUCCCCUAUUCAAUAUGAGUUGCAUGUACCAGUAUCUUUGCCAUGAUCUCCUGCUACUAGAAAAUCAGCUGCCUUGGUUUGUUCUCGAGUCUCUACAUAGCCUUAUCUGCAACAAUCAAGUCCCCCUCACUACGCUUGUGCUUAAUUUCUUCAGCAGAUUAUCAUCAAUGUCCGAUUAUUGCGAGGGUUAUACCAAUCACACUCAUGAUGAGGAAAUUCUACACAUACUUGAUCUGAUAAGAAGUGCUAUUGUUGUUCCAUUCCGCAAAUUUGAAUCAACAGAAUCCAAAUAUGCAAUGCCCCAUGCAACUGCUCUCUUGGAGGCAGGCAUUGAAUUCAGAAGAAGCUCAGUUGAUGGGUUAAUGAAUAUUGAUUUUAAAGAUGGAGUUCUCACAAUUCCACAGCUUGCAAUUGCAGAGAUGACUGAACCUUUGUUCAGGAACCUCAUAGCCUUCGAGCAAUGCUAUCAUGGUCGCAUGCAUCAAGUGGCUUCUUAUGCAUUUUUAAUGGAUAAGCUUAUUUCUUCCAGCAAGGAUGUCGUUUUUCUCUGUGACAAACAAAUAUUCUAUAACUGGUUCAGUGCUGAAGAGGGUUCCUAG